AUGCCCUUCAUUGCGAGCCAGCCCGCUGUAGCGGGCUCUUUGGCACCCAGGAGCGGCCGCCUGCCGCGCCUAGGUGGUGGUGCGUCGCACCAGCCGGCACCCCCGACCCAGCGGCAGCAGCACCAGUGGCGGCAGCAGCAGCAGCAGCAGCGAGCAGGCCUGGUGCCGUGUGCGCUGUCUGGCUUGCGGGCGCUGGCCUUGCCGCCGCGGCCGCAGCAGCGGCGGCUAGCAGCGUGGCAGCAGCCACAACCGCAGCGGGUGCCUGCGCAGCCUGGCAGUCGCCGCUCCGUUGCGGUGCAGGCUGUGGCAGGGUUUGCCGCCGACCCGCUGGUCUCCCUAGGCUCCGACUUCCUCACAUUCCUGAUUGCCACCGUGCUGGUGGUGCCUGUGUUCAAGUCGGCCAAGCAGUCGCCCGUGCUGGGCUACCUGUUUGCGGGCCUGGUGCUGGGGCAGCUGGGCCUGUUUCGGAACCUGGAGGAGGUGGAGAAGCUGUCGGAGCUGGGAGUGCUGUUCCUGCUGUUUGAGAUGGGCCUGGAGCUGUCCAUUGACAGGCUGAGGGCGCUGGCGCGGUUUGCCUUUGGCAUGGGCACGCUGCAGAUGAUCAUCUGCACGCUGGCGUUCACGGUGCUGGGCCUGCCACCAGGCGGCGACGCCUACUUCUCACAGUUUCUGGAGAAGGUGCUGCACGCCUCACCCGCGCUGGCGGAGCUGCGCACCGUCGACGAGGCGAUUGUCAUCGGCGCCGCCCUCUCCCUCUCCUCCUCAGCCUUUGUGCUCCAGCUGCUGCGCGAGCGGGGCGAGCUGGACACGAAGUUUGGGCAGGCCACGCUGGGUAUCCUGCUGCUGCAAGACAUUGCCACCGUGCCCUUCCUGGUGCUGCUGCCGCUGGUGGAGGGCAACAACUCGGCGCUGCUGGAGGGCGCAGACACCAUUUCGCUGCUGCAGCAGCUGGGGCCCACGGCGCUCAAGACGCUGGGCGGCCUGGGCAUUGUGCUGCUGGGCGGCCGCCUCUUCAUGCGCAGGGUGUUUGAGCUGGUGGCCGAGGCGCGGAGCGAGGAGACCUUCAUCGCGCUGUGCCUGCUGAGCGUGACGGGCGCGUCGCUGCUGACUCAGCGCAUGGGCUUUUCGGACACGCUGGGCGCCUUUGUGGCGGGCGUGCUGCUGUCGGAGACCAACUUCAAGACGCAGGUGGAGGCAGACAUCCAGCCCUUCCGCGGAAUCCUGCUGGGCCUGUUCUUCGUCACCACCGGCUCCUCGCUGGACGUGGGGCUGCUGGUGCAGGAGUGGCCGCUGGCGCUGGCGCUGCUGAGCGGCCUGCUGGCGCUCAAGAUCUCUGUCAUAUCGGCGCUGGGGCCCAUGUUCGGGCUGACCCGCGCCGAGAGUGUGCGCACCGGCUUCAUCCUCAGCCAGGGCGGCGAGUUUGCCUUUGUGCUGCUGGCGCUGGCCAACCAGCUCAACGUGCUGCCCGCAGAGCUCAACCGCCUGCUCAUCAUCGUGGUGGUGUUGUCCAUGGCCCUCACCCCGCUGCUGACAGAGGUCGGCAAGACCUUUGCCGCCAAGCUGACGGCGCCAGGCGGGGAGGCCCUGUACAGCAGCGAGGGGUACAACCAGGAGGAGCCAGUGGUGAUUUGCGGCUUUGGCGGCGUGGGCCAGACUGUGGCCAACAUGCUGGAGAGCCCCGCCCUGGGCCGCCCCCUGCCGUACGUGGCCUUUGACAACAACGUGGGGCGUGUGCAGGCGGCGCAGGAGGCGGGGUUCAACGUGCUGUUUGGGGACGGCACGCGCAAGAAGGUGCUGCACGCGGCGGGCAUCGACAAGCCUCGCGCGGUCGCUGUGGGCUACACGGCUCGGCAGAAAGCGGUGUCAGCUGUGGAGGCGCUGCGGGAGGCGUACCCUGGGGUGCCCAUCUAUGUGCGCGCGCUGGACAUGGCGCACGCGGCCUCCCUCAAGGAAGCAGGCGAGCGCCGCCGCCCGCCGGGGCGCGCGCGCGCCACCGACGUGGUGAUUGCCGAGGCGGAGGCGGGGCUGGUGGUGGGCAGCCAGCUGGCGCGGGGGCUGGGGGUGCCCGACCGCGCGAUCAAGGGCCUGGCGGGCGUGCUGCGCGCCGAGAUGGGCUCCUUUGCCGCCGAGCUGGCUGUGCGUGCGGCCGGCGAGGGCAAGGACUCGUCUGAGGCCGCCUCGGUGUUCAGGUUUGACCAAGCCAAGUCGCCCGCGUUCACAGACGAUCCCAUCUCACGAGACGAGCCGCUGCCGGAGGCCCCCCUGGGCAGCGGCCUGCUCUCCUCCAUCAUCUCCACCCUCAGCAGCGGCGGCACCCUGGACAGCGUGGACGAGGGCGGCGAGGCGCCGGGAGCGCGCUCCGCGGCGGCGGCGGUGGUGGUGGCGCAGCGCGGCGCGGCGGCGGAUGCUGAUGUGGAGGCCGGCGUGUAUUCCAUGGUGAACGACAUGGUCAGCGUGCUGGCCAGCUCCGAGCUGGACCCAGAUGAGGAUGGGUGCGCCCCGGACGGCUCCGUGGACUGCCCCGUGCCCUGGGAUGCCAUGGUCAGCGGCAGCAGCGACGCAGAGGAGGCGGGCGUGGCGGCGGUGGCGGCCGCGGCCGACGACGAGAAGCAGUAG